CCCUUCCCCAUCGAGGGACCCACAUCCCCUCAGUCUUCGAUGAUUGCUACGGGCCAGAACUACCUCGUCUUCCCACAUUUCACACUCGAGAGCGGUAUCACUCUCAAGAAUGUGCCCAUCGCAUACAAGACGUGGGGAAAGCUUGACCCCGUUCGCAAGGACAAUGUCCUCGUCGUUGCCCACGCUCUCACGGGCAGUGCAGACGUGGAGGAUUGGUGGGGACCCCUUCUUGGCCCUGGCAAACUCUUCGACCCUACUCGAUUCUUCAUCUUCUGCGCCAAUGUUCUGGGCUCUCCUUACGGUUCAGGUAGCCCCUGCACCCGUAAGGACGGCGAAGACUGCGAUGCUACCACGGGUCGCUUUAGCCGCGAGGCCGAGUGGAGCGGCGAGGGCUGGUGGGGACCAGAGUUCCCCGCUACCACCGUCCGAGACGAUGUCGCCAUUCAAAAGCUCGUCCUCGACUACUUGGGCGUCGAAGCCAUCUUUGCCUGCAUCGGAGGCUCCAUGGGCGGCAUGUCCGUACUUGAGUGGCCACUCUGCUUCCCUGUACGCUUUCCCAAGGGCGCCGGUGAAGCGGUCAAUCAGCGUCCUUAUAUCUCCGCCAUCAUACCCAUCGCUACUGCUGCCCGCCAUGGCGCAUGGUGCAUCUCCUGGGCAGAAGCUCAGCGUCAGAGCAUCUACUCUGACCCCCUCUACUUACAUGGCUACUACCCUCCUAACCAGACGCCUCGCGCUGGUCUCGCGGCGGCACGCAUGGCUGCCCUCUUGACUUACCGUAGUCGGGACAGCUUCGAGAGUCGAUUCGGGCGUCGCACGGGUUCCAACAAGGCCGCUGCCAGCCCAGCAAUUGAGAAUGGCUCCACUCCCGCCGUACACGAGCGUCGCGCCUCCGUCAAUGAGGAAUCGGCGAUGGCUCACAACGAAGGCAACAAGACGCCUCGCGCCUCUACUUCGCCCCCAAGUAAGGCCACCACCACACCCUCCACAGCAGUCUUCAGCGCCCAGUCCUACCUUCGUUACCAAGGCGACAAGUUCGUCAAGCGCUUCGACGCCAACUGCUACGUCCAUCUGACCCGCAAGAUGGACACUCACGAUCUCGCUCGUGGUCGUGCCCACUGGGGUGUCCUGCCCGGCGAGAAGCGCCUGCCCCAUGGAGGGGAGGAGGACGAUGAAGCCCUUUCUCGUGUUCUGGGCUUCCUGGGACAGGGCAAAACCCGAUGUGGUGGGGUUGAGCCCCCAUUCGUGCACGUCGUCUCCAUCUCGUCCGACGGCCUCUUCCAGACUCCGGAGCAGCGUUUGAUUCACCAGCUCAUCCCUGGAUCUACCUUCCAGGAGGUAGGCUCGCCCGAGGGGCACGACGGCUUCUUGCUCGAGUUUGAGGCCAUCGGCACGCGAUGCACUAAUGUGCUGCGCUCUCCUACGGCCAACGCGGGGCAGAAUGGCGCUACGGGCGGUGGACAUCUGGGACAGGUCAAGGAGAGCGUAUUUGGUGAGGUAGAGGAUCUUACGAGGUGGUGA